AAUAGUAUCAAUAUGGAAAGUUGACAGACAGUAGUUGACAUCGCAUUUUUUUAUAUUAAAUUUACAAGAUUACGUUACUUUAACUUUAUGUGUAGGUGUUUUCAUUUUUAUUAAAGUAUGAACUACUAAUAGCAUUCGUUAAAUCUGAAUUUCUUAAAUCGAAUCGAAAUCCAUCUUUUGCGUGGAUAAUAAAUUUAAGAACUUAGUGAUAAUAUUUAAGUCAAAAGUGGUUUAUUGGACAUGAUUUAAGUUAUAUUGUAUUGUUUUACAUUUGGACAAAAAUGAAUUGCUGGUAUUUAUUUGUGUUAACUUUUUAUAUUUCUGCUAUUUUGGUAUAUGCUGCAGUCGUGCCCGAUAACGACGAAAUUGAUAAACAAGGAUUGUAUAGUAAGUCCGAUCAUGUCGUUAUAUUAACAAAUAAAAAUUUCGACAAAAAAAUUUAUGGACAAACAAAUGCUUAUGUAGUUCAAUUUUAUAACAGUUAUUGCGGUCACUGUAGAGCAUUUGCGCCAAAAUUUAAAAGUUUAGCUUCUGAAUUGGAAUCUUGGAAAAACAUAUUAAAACUUGCAGUUCUGGAUUGUUCUGUUGAAGAAAAUAAUGAAAUAUGCCGUGAGUUUGAAGUUAUGGCUUAUCCUUCUGUAAGAUAUUUACAUGAAAACUACAUUAAAGGCAAUGCUAAUGUUGGUGAUAAAUUACUGUCUAUAGACAGUGCUGACAAAUUAAAAACACAAAUAAUUCAUAAAAUACAAAGUGAACAAUCUUUGGGCCGUUUAUUGUUUGCCCCCUCACUUAAAAUAGCAGCAUAUGGAGAUUUUAAUUCAGCCCUGAGUCCAUUUCCAAAAAACGUGCUUUACACUUUUUUGAUAUUUGAGAGUGAUAACUCUACUAUUGGGUCUGAAUUGGCACUUGAUAUGAAUGAUUAUGAACAUGUCACAUUGAAGAGAGUUUAUGACACGAGUGAACUGGCAGCUGUAGCUGGUGUAACACAUUUUCCUGGUCUUGUGGCUGUUACAUCAUAUUUACAAUCUACACUUUUAACACCAAAAGUUCCAACAAAACAGAACUUACUUAAAGCUAUAAAUUCAUUUUUAAUGUAUAAAAACUAUGUAUUGCCUAUGCGGAACAUUGUAAGUGAAGAAAGUUUAAAUAACUCAAAUCGUGAAAAGAUACAGUCUUUAGAUUCAGAUGUUGUUUACUACAGCGAUUUAGAAAAAACUUUGAAAACAAGCUUACAUACGGAAAUCACAAGGCAUAAGAUUUUAAGUGGCGAACCACUUGAAGCAUUAUUGCAGUACUUAGAUGUUAUAAUUUUAGCUUUUCCAUUUAGAGGAAAUCUUAAAGAAUAUGUUAUAGAUUUACAUAAGAACCUCAGCAGUAGAAACCAAUGGACUGGAAGUGAGGUGUACGAAUUAGUAAAACAACUUGAAACAGUCCAUUCACCUGUUUUUACAUCGAAUAUUGAUUAUAUAAGGUGCAAGGGCAGUCAACCAAAAUACCGAGGUUAUACUUGCGGUCUCUGGACCUUGUUUCACACAUUAACCAUUAAUGCAGCACAAAAACCUGGCAAUGAAGCACCACGAGUAUUGAAAGCCAUGCAUGCCUAUGUGAAAUAUUUUUUUGGUUGCACUGAAUGUUCAGAACAUUUUCAAGCAAUGGCAGCAAGGAAUAGAAUUUUUGAUGUAAAAGAAAAUGAUAAAGCUAUACUUUGGUUGUGGAUUUCUCAUAAUGAAGUAAAUUUAAGAUUAGCUGGUGAUGUAACUGAAGAUCCAGAACAUCCAAAAAUACAAUUUCCCAGUGUUACGCAGUGUGUGGAAUGUAGACUUGCUCGAGGUGCUUGGCACUUGCCUGCAGUUUAUGAAUAUCUUCAGAGGAUUUAUGGUACAAUCAAAAUUCAAGAUGCCAGAACUGCAGCUGCUCCAAGCUCAAUCUCCAACCUAGACAUUGGAUUGAUAAGCCUCUUUUUGAUCCACCGCCUCUGGAGAGAAAUGCAACUUUUAAACUAGGCUAAGGUACAUGCCCAUUUGAAUAAUUCACUGCUUAGAUGCUGAACAAGUCCUUCUAGUAACUAGCAGAAGGCGUAUUAUAUAAUGUUUCACAUACAUUCCUAAUUAUUUCAAACCAUGAAUCUCUUUCAUAAUGUGGUAUAUAUACGUAGAAUGUCAUUGAUGUAGAUUGUUAUGUUAUUAUUAUAUUUAAUUAAAUUUCAGUAAUUGUGUAUAUUGGAUGUUAUAACGUAUUGCUUCUUGUCUUUUUUCAUUAUAAAAAUAACACUGCUCAUAAAUCAAUAAAAUUGUA